AUGCCUUCAAGACUUAAAAAGAAUAGAAAGAAGCGGGGUCACGUUUCUGCAGGGCAUGGUCGUAUCGGUAAACAUCGUAAACAUCCGGGAGGUCGAGGUCUCGCUGGUGGAUUUCAUCAUCAUCGUUCCAAUAUGGAUAAAUAUCAUCCAGGUUAUUUUGGUAAAGUUGGUAUGAGACGAUUUCAUCUUACCAAAAAUCAACAUCAUCGUCCAAUCGUUAAUUUGGAUAAAUUAUGGACUUUGGUUUCGGAUCAAACGAGAAAAAAUUAUGCCAAAAAACCAGAUGUGGCUCCGGUUAUUAAUACUUUACGUGCUGGUUAUGGUAAAGUUUUAGGAAAAGGUCGCCUUCCUAAUCAACCAGUAAUCAUUAAAGCACGAUAUGUAUCUAGGAGAGCGGAAGAAAAAAUAAAGAAAGUUGGUGGUGUAGUUCAAUUGAUUGCUUAA